GAUCAAGACUUGGAAAACACGCAAACGCGAAAGAAAGACUCUAGAUUGCCCCUCUUUCAUUGCCCUGUUUCAUCCCGCGCCGCGCCGAUCGGAAAUCUCGAAAUUCUCACGCCUUGCAGCUAGCUAGCUAUAUAGCUGCUCAUCAUGCCAACUCGCCGCUUGAAGGGUAGAGAUGAGCGAGGCAAGUGUGCGUGAGGGCUUGGCACGAUGCAAAGGGGGGUGGGGGGGGGGGAGGGGGGGGGGGGGGGGGGGGGGGGGGGGGGGGGGGGGGGGGGGGGGGAUGAUGGGGCUUCGCAUUCGCACUCGCAGUCUGCAUGGCCCAUUAUUGCGAAGUGAUGAAUGCUUGGACGUGGAAUUGCACGGAGAUGUGUGUAUGGGUAUGGCAUCUGAGGUCAGCAUGCAGGGACAAAGCGAGGAGAGCUAUAGGCAGCAGGAACGAAGAGGGGAAAUGCAGCCAGCCACAAAUGCACGCAUGCACGCACGCAUGUGCGCAGGUGGAGCAGCUGAUGGAUGGCAGCAGCACGGAGCAUAUAUAUGAUGCAGCAGCAGGAGGAGAGAUCGAGUUCCGUGAUUCGUGAUUG